AUGGGGAUGCUAUUAUUUGGAGCGGGGAAAGUUGUUAGGGCCAAGCAGGGGAGGAAUGCAAUCCAGGAUAUUAGGAAGUGCAGCAGACGUGAAUGCAAUACCCCCGGGUGUGUGGGGGCCUACCCGUACCCAUACCCGCAGGGGUCAGGUACCCCCUCGGCGGGUGAGGAGGGCCAAGUUGAGGGGAUGGGGGUGCGAGCGUGCAAGUACACGGGUGCACAGGCGAUUGUGGGCUGGUGGGCAAGCGAGGGGCAAGCGAACGCGCAGCUGGUGAGGAUGCGAGUGAAGGGAUCGUGCGACCGGGCUGGCGUGCAUGCAUACUUAGUGGACUGGCAUGAGUGGGCGAGCCUGGCUUACCGCGGGAUGCCUUUCUGGGGAGUUGAACUGGUGUGCUCAGCGCAGGCACCGGUGCAUUCUCGUCAGCGGGAACCAGGUGGUUGCGAGACGCGCAAAAGGGUUGCGCAGGCUCGCAGCCAGCUUCAUGGCUGCAUGGCGGUGGAUCUUGACACGCUGCAAGGCCGUCUGGGCGUGGCGAGGCCGCUGGAGAAAGGGCGUGAUGUGAUACGUGAUGGGGACAGAGGAGUGGAUUCGUGGGAGGGUACUCACCUACGGCAUCUGCUCACCGCCAGUCCGCCCUCUCUCAACCUUGCCCCUACCCAUCCCGCCGUGUUUGCUUGCGCUCAACCUUGCACGUGUGGCAUUCAUUUGUCGGCUGUGCUUGCAUGCUGGGCAUUGGCCCUGCCUGCUGGUGGUAGGCACGCAAGCAGGCCAGUAGCCGGCUGGUGUUCACUCGGGUUUGUGGCGCAGUCUCGCACCGGUUCUUUGCGCAUCGCGUUGUUUGUCCUUCUCCACAUUGAGUGCAAGAAUGGUGGUGUUUGCGUCAGCAAGGGCUGGGCAGCAGCGAGAUGCAUGGCUGGAUGUGUCAAUUGGUCAUCCAGGCACAGGGGAGGGGGAGGGGAGGAUCGAUGCAAGAGUGGAGAGACUCAAGUUGUGUACUCAAUGUGUUCGGGCGCUCGCGCAAUGGUGCAGUUCCCACGGGAAUUCGAACCAAUGCGUCUGACACGAAGAUGGCCUAAACCUGACACAAAUGGUGGAACACCAAUCCUCAGCCUUUGUGACAAUGUAAUGACCAAUGAUGGCCAUCAUGCUGCCCCUGACAAUGUCAUCAGAGUGCUCUACUCAGGCCACUGGAAUUCAUCUCCUAUGGAUGCCAUCAAAAACCUCCAGACAAUCUCCACACUUGAGCAGAGUUCAGCCCUCAACUCUGACAUUGACUAUGCCUCUGAGGAGGCCUUCAUCCUGGCUGCACUCUGA